AUGCCGGCCCGCGGCAUUGGUCGCAUUGGCGCUUUGGGCAUCUUUGCUUUGACUCCUGGGCAGUGCCAGGAUGUCCAGCAAAGCGAGCGCCUGCAAGCGUUGCUGUCCGAGCUUGAUGAGCCGUGGCCUUUACGGGAGCAAGCGCUGGGCGAUGCUGGAACCUACGGUGAGCUGAAAGCUGAGGGUGUAGCGGCCAUGCUGGACUUCUUUGCAUCGUUUUCCCCUCUUUCGCCUGACGAUGUCUUUGUUGACCUCGGGUCCGGUCGCGGCCGCGUCUCAACGCAGGUGGUGUUGCAGAGCCGCGCCCAUGCAGUUGGCAUCGAACUCUCCAUGCCUCGUGCUGCAGCAGCUUCCAGACUGCACGUGGCUCUUCAGCGUCGCGAUGAAGAGAGCUCAUCGCGGCUGACAUUGCUCCAAGGAGACUUCCGGGGCUUGACGAGCUGGUCCAGCGCUACGCUGGUUUAUGUCAACUCCGCAGCAUUCCCUGCGAAGCUCCUUUUCGAUCUGAGAGCCGCGUUUCAGCGGCUGCAGCCCGGCACCCUGGUGCUCACCGUGCGUCGUCUUCCAGGCUGCACCCGUGGCUUAUGGCCUUUGGGUGCGAUCUCCUUGCCCUUCAGUUGGUCCCGAGAUGUGACUAUGAAUGCCUACAUGGUCGCGCCACGUCCUCCUGCCUUUCAAGGGCAGAUGCCAUGGCUGGUGGACAUGAACAUCACUGGCGAAGCGCCGCCGUUUCCUUUGCCCGCAGGGUCCCGCAGCUCGGCAUCGAAGCGUCUCCAAGCCUCCAUGGAGAAGUCGGGUGCUUCGCCGGAGUCCUGGCUACGCUCCUGGCUUGACGGCCCGGCAGACCUUCAGGACUCCGCGCAUGCACCGCCAUCGGCGACGCGCUGUGGCUGGAGAGAGUUUCAUGCUCAGCAUGAGUUGCAUCGCCGCGGUGCUCCGCCGACAGCUUUGCCAGGCUCAUCCUUCGCCAAAGCGCUCGGCGAUCUUUCAUUGACAGACUCAAGCGGCUCUUCGCUGUUGCAUCACGCGGCUGCAGCUGCUGCCCCGGCUGCACUGGCGGCACUGCUCUCCGCGCGACGUGAUGACUAUGCCAGGCAGCCGCAGCUCCUGAAUGCUGUGGAUCAGCACGGAGACACACCCCUCAACAUGGCAGCGGACAAUCAAAGCUUGGCUCUGCUUUUGGAGUUGCGAGCUGAUCCCUCGAUGCGGCCCGGCUGCUGUCCCGGUGCACUGCUGGCUGCUGCAGUUCGAUGCAUGGAUGAUGAGUUUCUCCUGUCCCAGCUGGAACAUGGAAAUCUGCAUGAGCGAGAUGAAUUCGGUGCGACGGCUCUUCACCAUGCAGCGCGCUGUAAUCACCAGCAAAGCCUCACUUUGCUUCAACACGGAGCAGCAAGCGACGUGCGUGAUGCGGAUGGUCGCACUCCCCUGCACUUCGCGCGCAAUGCUAACGUGGUUCGCGGGCUGCUGCUGGCCCGCUCAGAUCUGAAUGCCAGAGACGUCGAUGCCUCGACUCCUUUGCACUUGGCCUCAACGCGGCGCGGAGGGGCCCCGGUUGUGACAGCACUGCUCGCUGCUCGUGCAGAUCCGGAGGCACGAGAUUCUGCCGGGCUCACUGCGGCCGAUCGAACCAAGCAGAAGGAGUAG